AUGGGAAAUACUCAAUCAACUCAUCAACAAUCAAAUGAUGAUACUAAUAAUGACACUACUACAACAGGUAAUUUAAAUGAGAGCAGUCCAUUAUUAAAUAAUAAUCAAGAAGAACAGGAACAUACUGAACAGGAACAUACUGAACAGGAAGAAGCAAUACCCAAUCAACAAACUCAUACAACAGAUGAUUUAGAGGCACAAGAGAACCACCACAACAAUGAAGCAAAUGAGUUAACCCCAUUAUUAAGUAAGACAGAAAUACCCCACUAUUCAAUUUUACGAAGUAUAUUCAAACCAAAUUGGGUUCAUGUUUUGAUUUUAUUUUUAAUUUUGCUCGUGUCCACUAUUUAUCUUACACUAAAUAAUAUAGAGAAUUCAAUUAAUGAUUCAAUAAAUAUAGAGAUUUACAAUACAACUUUUGAAAAUUUAACUAGACAAGGUGUAAAUAUAAAUGUUCAAGGCUCAAUAACUAUAGAUUAUAAUAAAAUAGAGAACAAUUUUGUACAAAAAUCAAUAUUGAAAUUGGGGUCUUUUUUAAUUGGUGGAAUAACUAUAACGCUGAUUAAGCCAGUACAGAUACAUGUGAGAUUAAUUGAUGUUGAUAGUCCAUUCUUGUACUUGUUAGAUACUAUCCCACCACCAAUAGAAGUAGAUAUAAGACAAGCACAUACCACAUCUUUGAAUUUUUCAAGUGAUUGUUCAUUAGGAGAAACUCAAUUUUUUGAAUUUUUGAAGUAUUAUUAUAAAUUAGAUGGGGAUGAAAUAAACAUGGACGUGAAGAUUCAUUCAAAUCAAUCACAAAUUCAAGCUUUGAAAUUUGUGAAAUUUAAUAUAUAUGAUAUUGAAAUUAGUGAUUUUGUAAGUGUUAAUAAAAAGGAUUUUAAAUUACUACCACUGGUUCUUGAAAUUAAGAAAGUUGAUAUAACUUCUGAUCAUCCGAAUGUUAUUGAUUUAAGUGUGAAUUUACAAGUAUCUAAUGAUUAUGGACUAACAUUAGAUUUAAGUACAAUAGAAUGGGAUCUUUUAUUUAAAGAUUGUAAUGAAGAAUUAGUAAAAGUGGGGAAAUGGAAAACAUUACCAACAAAAUUAUCACCUCACGAAUUAACAAACGUACAUGUAAUUGGUCAGAUUACAGACGUUCCAAGUUGUCUAAUGGAAGAUUGCAUCAACCACGUAAGUCCAAUUAACCAGUUGGUACAAAAUUACUUGAAUGAAAGUCCAAUACAUUUUGCAAUACAUUUAAGUGAUUAUCAAACCACCACUAAUUUAGAUUGGAUAUUAAAUAGUUUGAAAAGCUUACCACCAAUUGAACUUUCAAUAAAAUUACCUAAAAUCAAGAUCCCUUUGAACAGUGUGGAAUCAAAUUCAACAGAUAUCAUCAUGAAUAAUGAAACCAAAGAUAAUAAAACAUUAAGUAAAAUAUUAUCAACUGUCAUUAAUAAUAAUUCAACUUUUCAAUUUUCAAUUCCAUCACCAUUUGUUGUUGAUUUAUACAAGUUUAAAUUGAAUUUUAACGUUGGAUGGAAAAAUAAUUUGUUAUUGAGUGCUAAAUCUAAAGAAUUUGUUUAUUCAUCUGUGAAUCAAUUAGAAGAGUCAUUAAAUGUUGAUGUGAACUCAUCUGAUUUAGAUGUUGAUCUUAUUAAUCCAAGUUAUAUAGGAAAAGCAGUCAAUAAAUUCAUUAAUGACAACGAUUAUGAGUUUUUGAUCAAUGAAGAUAUCUAUUUGAAUGUUAGUUUGACUGAUAUUGAUUUACUGUUGCCUUUAGUCAAUAGAACCACCAUAAAACAUUUGGAUAUUUCACAGAUUAAAUUACCUUCAAAAUUCGCAAAUUUAGCUAAUGAUUUAAAUUUGGUGAAUGAUUUAUUUUUAUCACAAUUAAAUAUAACCAUAAAUGAAGUAUACUUAUUUGAAUCAACACCAAAUAGUAUUGAAUUUUUAGUAGAAUUAUCCAUAUACAAUCCAUUAAAUUUAUCAUUAGAAAUACCUAAAUACAAUCAACAAGAAAUUAGCAUUGGGUUAAAUGUAAAUCAAACCAAAGUUGGAUCAUUAAAUUUUAAAGAGCUAUUUUUACCAAAAGAUGAAAGAACUGAUAUAAUUGCAAACGUCAAAUUAGAAUAUUCAAAACCCUCAGAAAAACAAAUAUUACAAGAUUUUAUAAGUAAUUUCAUAAGUUCGAAUUCAUCAACUACAACAAGUCAAUUAGUAAAUAUUGGUUCAAAUUCAGUUACAAACAACAUAGGAUUAGAUUUAUUCCUAAGAGAAAUUACAAUACCCAAUUUAACAAUACCAAACAUAACAUUCAAUAUUCCUGAGUAUAAACCAGCACAGAAUGAAGUAUCAACAAAAGAUUUAAAGAUAUUCAUACUAGACGUAACGAUUCACAUCAUAACAUCAGAAAUUGAAGUUAAAAUCUACAACCCACUAAUAAACACAGAACUUAAAUUAAACAUAUUAAGUUCAAUUGCAAAGUACGAUGAUAUAAUACUUGGGUACUUAGCAAAAACAGAGUAUUUAAUCAUCCCUCCUGGAUUCUAUACAUCACCUAGGAUUCCAAUAAAGAUAUAUUACGGAGCUUCAAUGGAUUUACUUAAAAAGAAUUUGAAUAAGGAACUACAAAUUGAUCUUAUUAGUGAGUUGAACUUGAUGAUUGAUUUAUUUGAGUUAAGAUUGUUGUACAAGGGGAAAAAUUUGGUUUCUAAAGUUAGAUUGUAA